AUCCGCGAGCGCAGGAGUCGGCCGGAGUCGGCAACACGCAGCGACAGCAGAGCGAAGACGACUUUGCCAGCCAGCGAGCCACAGCGAGUGGCCGGCGGCGCGCGGACCGAAUUGCGCUUGUGUAGUUUGCUCGUAGUCGCGCACGGCGCUAUACAUGCACGCACAGAGCGCGCAGGAGAGAGCACCGCAGUAAAUAAAUUCGAGUGCGUUAUUAUCGGCUAUCGGGCAGUAGCGUCGGCAGUGCGAGAGCGAAUAAACGCCGCGCGAGAGAUACACACGCAAAAGUUCGUGGCGUGGCCGGGGAAAAACCGCACCACUCUCCAUUCCUGCCGCCGGGGUAGCAAAGGACGACGACGACCGAGGACGGCGAGGAGAGUCCACCACCACACCACACCAACUACCCUCUGAAAAGUUAGAUUAAUUCAUCACACUCAGGAUGUCGGUGCCGGUCGCGUGCACUCGCUUCAGCGACAAUUACGACCUCAAAGAGGAGCUCGGCAAAGGUGCAUUCUCGGUGGUGAAGCGAUGUGUACAAAAGUCGACUGGACUGGAAUUUGCAGCCAAAAUAAUUAACACAAAGAAGUUAUCAGCCAGAGAUUUUCAAAAGCUAGAACGUGAGGCACGAAUUUGUAGAAAACUCCAACACCCCAAUAUAGUGAGAUUACACGACAGUAUACAAGAAGAAAAUUUUCAUUAUUUAGUAUUUGAUUUGGUGACGGGCGGUGAACUUUUCGAGGACAUCGUCGCUAGAGAAUUUUACUCGGAGGCGGAUGCUUCGCACUGCAUACAACAGAUUUUAGAAUCAGUCAAUCACUGUCAUCAGAAUGGUGUCGUACACAGAGAUCUCAAGCCUGAAAACUUGUUACUGGCGAGCAAAGCCAAGGGAGCUGCUGUCAAGUUGGCCGACUUUGGUCUCGCCAUUGAAGUGCAGGGGGAGCAGCAGGCAUGGUUUGGCUUCGCCGGAACGCCUGGCUACCUCUCACCAGAGGUCCUCAAGAAGGAACCGUAUGGCAAACCAGUUGACAUCUGGGCAUGCGGUGUCAUCCUCUACAUCCUCCUCGUUGGUUAUCCGCCAUUUUGGGACGAGGAUCAACAUAGGUUAUACGCACAGAUUAAAGCGGGUGCUUAUGAUUAUCCAAGUCCUGAAUGGGACACAGUCACGCCAGAGGCGAAGAAUUUAAUCAAUCAAAUGUUGACUGUCAAUCCAGGCAAGAGGAUUACCGCCGCUGAGGCACUUAAACACCCAUGGAUUUGCCAACGGGAACGUGUUGCGUCAGUGGUGCACAGACAAGAGACCGUGGACUGUCUCAAGAAGUUCAACGCGAGGCGCAAGCUCAAGGGCGCCAUUCUCACGACGAUGCUGGCGACAAGAAACUUCUCCAGUCGCAGCAUAAUUGUGAAAAAGGGCGACGGAUCUCAAGUGAAAGAAUCCACGGAUAGCUCCACCACGCUGGAGGACGACGACAUCAAAGAAGACAAGAAGGGCGGAGUGGAUCGCAGUUCGACGGUUAUUGCAAAAGACCCAGAAGGCGGUACGCCACCACAAUCCCCAAAGUUGACGGCAACCAGUUCGCCAAGCAGUUCGAUAACUGCCGUGGGCCCGACAACCGCCGCCGUCGCUGCCACCACCGUCGUCAGCCAACAGCCGGCAAACCCGCCGUCGCCGGUAACAAAUGUCUCGACGGCGAGCGCUCCGCCGCCCAGACCAGUGCCGCUCAAUCUGGGCCAGGCGCUGGUGCAAGGUGUUCAAGCGCGCCGCCAAGAGAUCAUCAAGAUGACUGAGCAGCUGAUCGAAGCCAUUAACACCGGCGACUUUGAAGCUUAUACUAAGAUAUGUGAUCCACAUCUCACUGCGUUCGAGCCUGAGGCGAUGGGUAAUCUAGUGGAAGGAAUGGAUUUCCAUAAGUUCUACUUUGACAAUGUCUUAGGGAAGAAUUGUAAAGCGGUGAAUACUACUAUACUUAAUCCGCACGUUCAUUUACUAGGCGAAGAUGCCGCCUGCAUUGCAUAUGUCCGCUUAACUCAAUACAUGGAUAAACAUGGCCAGGCACACACUCACCAAUCGGAAGAAAGCCGCGUGUGGCACAAGAGAGACCACAAGUGGCAGAAUGUGCAUUUCCAUCGCAGUGGCGGCACCGGCGGAGCGGCGUUCGGUUUCAGCUCGCAUAAAUAAAAUAAAAAACAUAGCCAACCAUCUACAGAAUAAGACAACCCCAAAGAAGCAAACUAACGCCAUCGCUAACCAUCGCGUGUUACCUAUCCACCUAUGACUAGAUAAAUGAUAAAUUAAUUACCUUUAAGGAUACUAUAUAUGACUAGACACCACAGACAUCAAUGAGAGGAAGUAUAUUGAAACAAAAAAGCAACCACCCACUCCCCUGCCCUUAACAAUUGUUACACACUCGGUACCACAGCACUAUUCAAUGGCGAUGGAGAAAUUUUCGGGGAUGUGCCACGAGCAAUUCGAACGUGUUAGGUAAUUAUACACAAAAAUUAUUAAAAACGCAAUCGCUAAGAUUACUGAGAUGGACAACGUUACAACGCUACUACUACCAUUAUGUACUUAAUGAACUACACAAAUUGUUAUUUAAUUUGAAAUAAUAAUAUAUAUGAGCAGGAAAAUAUUACACUACAUAUAUUAAUGAUGGAUAUAAUUGUAAAAUGAUGGACGCUACGCAACGCGAUUUUCAAACUUUAGUCGUAUUGUAUACAUUGUAUAAUUAUUAUAUUAAACUAAAACACUUUGACGUGAGAGACGAACUGUCGCAGGCAACUUAAGCAUAUACAUAUAUAAAUAAUUACUAAUCUAUUGCAAUUUGGAUUGGAACAAUAUUAUUAAAAGAAAACGUAUCUAACGCAUGAGAAAAAUAAAAAAGAAAAACCACAGGAAAAAAUAACAAACACAAACAAAUCGGUCUCAAAUCAAAUUUAUUGUAAUUUGUGUGUAUAUAUGUGGUGAUAUUAUUGAUUAUAUCUUGUUGUUGAUGGUGUGCAAGUGAAGUCUAUCGAUCCGAUUGAUUUCGUCUUUAAAUGUUGUUUAUGCAUAGGCUAAUGAUAAACAGAAACGUAGGAUUAAAGCAGAAGAUAUUGAUAUGGAAUUCGAGUCACACACCACCAACACGCUAAACAAGUGUUAUUUGUAUUUGAUGAACACACGAAAACGUGGAAAGAUUGUUAAUUUUUCAGUAUUAGUAAUGUAUAUUCUUUGUGCAAUAUUUGGUCACACCACCACCACCACCACGAACAUCUGAAUGUGUUUUACUUACUUUCACGUGGACGGUUAUUACUUAUGACAUAAUCUUGUUAUCAAUUUUUAUCUUUAAGAAUUCCAGUGUGCGUGUGCGUGAACUUUUCAGCGAUCCUCCAGUUUUGUGACUUUCACUUCUUAGCACUUGCACCACUAGAGAAACAAGGCGAUUGUUUACUUAAGAAAUAAAUAAUUCGAAUGUAUCGUGUAUCUUGCACACAAUUUUGUCGACGUGCAAUGAAAAAAGGUUUAUCAAAUUGCGUACUUAUAUAAAUGAAACUAAAAACUAAAACUAAGCGCAGAACGCUGUCGAACUGUAGCUACAACCAAAUCAUAUUAGGUGGAGAUCCUCUUCUAGUUUUACAUUACUGACGCAAUUGAACGAUUUGUUGUUAUUCUCAUUUUAAAAUGUUAACUAUAGACGUAUGGUACAUGUACGAAUAUAGAAGUUUUGAAUAACUCACCAAAGAAAACAAAACACACACAAAAAAUAUGAAACGAAUUGUAUUGAUCAACAAAUGGCUUUGUCUAUUUUCAACUAUUUUGUCUAGUGUUAUUUAUUAUAAUUAAUUGUUUUCUAAAGCUAAAAACGCUGGUUAGUUUGUAUCGAUAGCUACGAUUAAUUAGUUUGACGAAUUGAUCGCAUGCGGCGACAUUUUACAACACGUUUGGCCAUAAAUGUUGUUCUGGGAUGUCGCCAGCGUAAUCGUACAAGUUUAUUAUAUUGGCUCUUAUAGAGCGACAUCAUGAUAUGAAAGAAACUACUAUUUACGAUGAGUUGUCGAUUCAUGCAAAUUGAUUAACAUUAAAAAAUGAAGCGAACACGUGAUGUGAAAACCUACAAACAAACAAAAAAGAAAAGCAAAACAAAUACGUGCUAAUAGAUGAAUAGAUUUUAAAGGAAUAUUACAAAGAAAAAAAGAAUCAUUAUUACAUAAUACUUGAAUUUUUCAAUUCUGACUUUUGAUGACUUUUCUGAUUAUUCUCAUUAACAUUUAAAUUCUUAAUUAAAACUACAAAACUAUUUAAUCAACUAUGACAUAAACAAAAAUUACUGCAUUAAUAAAUGUACUAAUAUAUCAGCUAAGUAUUUCUUAUUGUAAUUGGACUGCGACCAACCAAAAAAAAAAGAACAACAAUUAACUAACAACUAAAAAGCUGUCUAUUAUUAUUAAAUAUCUUCAAACGAACGAACAAAAAAUAAUGCAAACAAACUUUUAGAGCACCAAAAAAGAAUUGUUGUAUUUUAUUUGUACGUAUAUUCUACACCAACUAACGUGAUUAGCGUUGAGAUGAGAAAAGUUAGCCUCUAACAUACACUCCAAAUCCGCCCUUUGAAAAGUCUUAAGAAAUCUUACUAUCAAAGUAUCACACCAUUUCUUAUUCAUGCGAAUCAGACUGCACAUUACCCAAACACAUAGUUGCAUAAUUAAUACAGGGUGUAAAACAAACGUACGCAUCGUCGAAUCAGCAAAUGCCAAGGUGAAAUGUUUAGUUUCUAUAAAACAGGUUAGUGUUGUUUUGUUGUUUUUGUUUUCUUAGAGUAUCGUACACCCUGUAUAUGUUGAACAUUGUAAGACAGUCAUAUAUGAAUACAUUUCGAUCCUCUUCCACUUCGUACUUGCAAACCAAAUGUAAUUUGCGUAUCGUUAGUGUUAAACUAAAAAGCAAAAUCAACUCACUAGUCGCACGUGCAUUUUUGAUCAUCGUUUUACUCAACUCUUCCCUUUGAAUGAGAAAUACACUAACGAGUAAUUAGAUAGUUAUCGGUAUUUUUAAAUUUUAUAUAAUAAACAGAUAUCUGAACAUUUUUUGUAAGCGGACGAGAGUUGUUGGCAAACACAAGAUUUCGAUUAAUCGAUUAAUCCUUACUAAAUACUAACUUAAAUAAAAUUUACUAAAUGAAAAUGAAAAAAACACACAGGAGUUAACACUGAAUCUUACAUAUAUAUAGCAUUUUUGUAAAUGUUGAUAAUACUUAUUAAUACAGUUAAUAUGACGGAGUAAACGAUUUAAAAAUAUUAAAUUUAAACAAAAAUUAAUAAUAGCUCUUUGAAAUCUGAUUGAAAUCUGAGUCUGAGCGGUCAUGUUGAACGCGCAGCACAUAAUUCAUUGUACUAAAACACUAAAAUCGUAAAAAAAACCACGAGAUAAAACUACUAAUUGUAUAAUGAUUUAAUUAUUUAGUCAUUAACAAUGCGGUGGAUACUAAACAAAGUUGUAAUCAACUUUGUCUGGUGUCUAUCUUGCUUUAAACCUAUUGUAACAUAAAUCGCAAUGCAAGUUUUUUGGACUCACUUAUACAAACGCAUGAAACUUUCCCAAAAAAAACAUUUUAUCUUGUAUAUGUGUGCCAUAUGUAUGAUGACAAUGUAGGAGCCGCCUAAGUUUGCUCUCUCGCUAAUGACACAAGAUCGAAUUUAUAAUAUGGACUUGAACAAAAAAUUGAAACGCAUUCAAUCAUUUUACACUAACUUACACACGUAGCCACCACUCUCCUACUUCAUAAUAAUUCGUAGAUUUUAGAGUCUUAAGUGAAAACAACAACACCCAUGCAGAAAAGCAAAGCAGGACGACAUAAAAAAAAAAUCAAUACCAACUAAGUUUACUAUGAGACUUAAGUCGUUUUUCGGUACUUGCGUAUUGCACAUGUUGAAUAUCCUUGCAUGAAACAAAGAGCAUGAGUUAGGACUUAACCUAGGCAAUGAUUAGCAAUGGAUGCUCUUAUCUAAGUAAUGCCAUACCGACAGUACUGUACUUACUACAACUACUCUGAUUGUUCAUUCAUCAUGCGUGUAGUGAGUGAUUCUGUGAAUCGAUUUGCUAUCGUCAACGCGAGUACGGAAAUAUAUAAAUAUAUUACAUACAUAUGUAUUUAAAUGAUUUCAUAAAAAUACCUAUAUGUUAUCGAUGCAUUCAUUGUUUAUGUACACUAUAUGUACAUUAUUAUUAAUUACUUGACGUAUGUACUUAUGUAAUUAACUAUUUUUGGGCCUAAAAUGAAUAAAAACUAUAAAUAUCUUUAA